AUGGCAAGUGCGGGGAAUGCCGCGUCGUCAUCAUCGACGUUCAAGUUUCUCAUCACGACAGACAAUCAUCUUGGAUUCCAAGAGCGGGAUUCACGCCGGGGAAACGACAGCUUCACCACCUUUGAGGAGUGUCUUCGUGCCGCCCGCGUUGAACACGACGUUGAUGCCAUUCUUCUCGGUGGGGACCUCUUUCAUGACAAUAAGCCCAGUCUUGGCUGCUUCGCUCGCACCACAUCCCUGCUGCGGACAUAUGUGCUUGGGGACAAACCGAUUGCAUUUUCACUGCUGAGUGAUCCCAAGCGUAACUUCCCAACGCACCCCGUUCCACUGGCUAAUUUUCAGGAUCCCAACAUCAAUGUCGCCAUACCGAUUUUUAUGAUUCAUGGGAACCAUGACGACCCCGUUGGAGGAACGUCAUCCAUCGAUAUUUUGGCAGCAAAUGGUCUUGUGAACUACUUUGGACAGGUAUUCUCAUUGGACGACAUUGUUGUGGAACCUAUUUUGCUCAAGAAGGGUCACACCUACGUCGCCUUGUAUGGACUUGGGAAUGUUCGCGAUGAACGGCUUCAUCGCUGCUUUCGUAUGAAGAAACUUCGUUUUGUGCACCCCAAGCCGGUAAAAGGACGCCUUUGGUUUAAAAUUCUUUUGCUGCACCAAAACCGCGGGGUUCGUGGUGGGUCGGGUGAGAAGAACGGCAUUUUUGAGAACAUGUUGGCUGGAUUUGGCCUGGACCUUGUUAUCUGGGGCAACGAGCACGAGCAACAAAUGGUUCCCACACCUUCUGAGGGAUUUGAUGUCAUUCAGCCUGGUAGCACUAUUCUCACGUCGCUCUCCGGGCAGGAGUGUAACCCAAAACAGUACGGUGUGUUGGAGGUGCGUGAAGGAUCGUACCGCUUGACGCCAUUUCCACUGCGUAGUGUCCGUCCAGUGGUACGACGUACAGUGGAGUUGUGGCGAGAAAAUCCCACUGGACGCACGUUGGACGCCGUGGAGGAUUUCCUCCGCCGCGUUAUUGAGGAGAUGAUAGAAGAGGCAGAGGAGCAGAUAAGCCGUAUCCCAGAUGAUGUACUCGCGUUUCACCCAAGCAUUAAGUUCCCACUUAUGCGGCUUUCUGUGGACUUUACCGAUCCGGAGUCUACGAACUUUCCCCAACCAAAUAUUAAUCGCUUUGGACAACAGUACAUGGACGUUGUGGUGAAUCCUGGUGACUUACUGCGGCCUUUAAAGCCAAAACCUGUUAUUCGUAGACUGCCUUCAGCACCAGGGGGAGAUGGGACGAUGGUUGUACCUGUGCCGUUGGUUAACACCUCUGAUAUCCGCACAAAGGUUGCGGAGGUGUUUAACGCGAAUGCGCGGGAUGCCUGUUCGUUACUUUCCGAGCCGGAGGUGUCGGCCGCGGUUUACGCCUUUGCUGAGAAGGGUGAACGUGACGCCAUUGACGAGCGAAUCAAUGAGCUCCUGAACAAGUGUCAGAAGUCUGUCUGGAAAGCCAUGGGGAGGGGGGAUGCAGAGGGUAUUUUGAUGCCUGACAGCAUCUACACGGAGGUGAUUCGAUACAAACAGGAUAUGAACAAACGUUACGCGGAGGCCACACGUGCGGCUGAUGCGUCGGAGCAAGGACAAAAAGGGCAACUGCAGGAAUCUCAUGGAAAAGCAGACAGGGCUCAGACGGGCUUUGGACGUACGGACUUUAUGAUCGUUGACGCAUUUGACGAGGGCGGGGUGCCGCUUGGAGCCCCAGCGGCCUCCGCCUCCCUCACACUUAACGCCGCAGACUGCACGGUACAAGGAGUUUGCGAAGAGGAGGAGGAUGAUGCGCUUCCAGAGACGGGGCUGGAGCGUGGGACGUUAAGCGCACUGAUCGCCAGCGCGGUGAAACAGGAUCAGGAGACGACAGCUGGUCCCGCACUUCAUGCUGUGGCUGCUUCUCGAAACGGCGGUGGCAAGCGUCAUCGAGAUGAGGUGGAGGUGAUCGACGAUGACGAAGUUGUGGACAAACCACAUUCCGUCCAGCCUUCUGUAAAAAAAGGAGUCCGAAGAAAGGCGGCGAGUGGGGCCGCGGCGCCUGCUCCCAAACCGACGCGAGGCAAAAGGGGCAAACAAGCCGCUGCAUCUCUCAUUCCUACCCCAACGCUGCAGCUGACGCACGAGCUUGUUCCUGAGGAAUUGGCGUCGCAGAGGCCCGCAACAAAACAGGGGAUGCCUCAGGGCGCUCUCAAUUUCCUUUCAAAGUGGGCAGGUCAAAGUUGA